CCAAAAAAACCCGAAGCUACCCCUCCACAGUGACCUCCGCAAACCACCAAACUAGAGCAACCACCACAACCCAUUCUUACCAAAAACAACUCAACUCAUUCUCUCUAGUAGUAUUUAUUUUGUAAGGAUCGACGAUGAGCACCACUACUAUGAAUAGUACAAGGAAGGCUCACUACCAACGCCAAGGCCAACCCUCCCUGGGAUCCCUGCCAGAAGACGCGAGUGCCAGCGCUGGUUUAUCUUACCAUCAAAGUCAAGCUAUUAAAUCUCCUAUCAAGUUGACUCUUAGCUCUACUAGUACAACUUCUACUUCUACGUGCAGUUUUGGAAGUCGACUCCGUCAAUCAAUCCGUCUGUCUUUCUUUGGUACUGGUAGUAACCAUUCUAGUGAGGGGAGAAAACCGUUGACCUUUUCGGAUCAAGUGGACAAAUGCCGCAGUGCGCCCAACAAGGGAUUCUCGCAUCGUCAAAGUGAACUCCAUUAUCUAUUUGAUUUGGAUUUCUCCUCUUCUUUGCACAAUCAGAAUACUGAAGAAGAAGAAAAGCUACACAAGCAAGAGGAAGAAAAAGAAGAUCCAUUCACUAUUGGUAUUAACACUGUUGGUAUUGGAGAAUUCUGGAAUGCGCGUGUCGAAACGUUUUUGUCGAACAUUGCCUUUCUCAUGGGAAAUUCCGAAUGGCAAGACCAAGAUGACGAUGAUUUCUACGACGAUGAUGACUACCACACUCCACGUAAAGAUCGACGACAAUCAUCCCACACGUCCACCACCGAUAUUUCUGUCCAGAGUGGCAAUAACCAUUUACAACAAAUGAUGUCCGAUGACUCGUUUCACAUGGAACAAAAAAUUGCUGCCUACAGUCAGAGUCUACAACAAGAUACUAGUACCCAAUCCACACAUACACAUACCAGCAAUUAUGAGGAGGAUGAUCCAAGACACAUGAGUAACAUGAUGUUGCAGGAUGAAUUCACCGAAGAUUAUGGAGAGCAACCACCACAACCAGAAAAACGAAAAGACUCCUUUGCGUCCUUGGCAUUCUAAAAAGUACGCAACCAACAAUUCACACCACUGUAUAUACGGUACACUGCAUUGCAUUCACAGAAACAAGCUGCCGGAAGAUGACAACUAUCCAUUCCGAAACAGACACUAAUACAUACAUAGACAACAUUGCAUUGCAUUCC